AUGCAAGGUCUCUACCAGUGGAAGACCAGCAAAACCGUGCUAUUAUUCAAUAAGGAUAACUUCCACGAUAUCGACUACCACCAGUCAAUCUGCUUGCUCCCUGUUGUCUACAAACUUUUCACUCGAGUCAUCCUAAACAAGAGUGGUAAGAUACUGGAUGAAGAGAGCCAUAUGAGCAAGCAGGGUUUCGAAAAAGAUACGAUGAACAUCAUUCGCAUGACUCAAGAUUCAUCAAAGUAUUACGAGAUUACACGAGAGUGUUCUAUCUAA